AUGAUGAUCUAUGACUGUAUGUGCCAUACAGAUUUUAGAAACGGAGCACUUGGCCAGUCUCUUGUGAGGUUGGUAAACGGUCCCAACUCCUGUGCUGGACGAGUGGAGGUUUAUUAUAAUGGAAUUUGGGGAACUGUGUGUGACGAUUACUGGGAUCUAAAAGAUGCUGCAGUGGUGUGUAAAGAACUGGGCUGUGGAAAUGCUAAAGAGGCGAAGAUGGUUGCUUAUUUUGGACAAGGUUCAGGACAAAUAUGGAUGGAUGAUGUCAACUGUUUUGGCAGCGAGUCCUCACUGAUAAACUGUGAAAGGGCGAGUUGGGGAGUUCACAACUGUCUGCAUGGUGAAGACGCCGGAGUCAUUUGUGAAGGUAAAUGCCUCCUAAACACAAAUUGCUUAAUUGUACCGACGAUCCGAUCUUGUUUGUUGGUAACAUCAGCCUUUAUUAGGUUGGUGAACGGUUUUAACUUCUAUUCUGGACGAGUGGAGAUUUAUUAUAAUGGUCAGUGGGGAACGCUGUGUGAUAAUGGCUGGGAUCUGUCGGAUGCUGCGGUGGUUUGUAGAGAACUGGGCUGUGGUGAUGUUGUAGAGGUGAAAAGUGGUGCUUAUUUUGGUCAAGGUUCUGGAAAAAUAUGGAUGGAUGCUGCACAGUGCAAUGGGAGUGAGGCUUCACUCUUGAGCUGUUCAUCAACAAAGUGGGACAUUCAAAACUGUGACCAUUCAAAAGAUGCUGGAGUUGUCUGUACAUCUUCGGUCAGGCUGGUGAACGGACCCGACUCUUGUUCUGGACGAGUGGAGGUUUAUCAUAAGGGCGUUUGGGGAACCGUGUGUUCAGAUGACUGGGACUCUACUGAUGCUGCAGUGGUGUGUAAAGAACUGGGAUGUCCAUCCAACGCUGAAGCCAAAACAUUGGCCUAUUUCGGACCUGGUUUGGAAUCAAUAUCGAUGGACGAUGUUCAGUGUACAGGGACUGAGUUGAUGCUAACUCAGUGCAGGUCAAGUGGAUGGGGAAUACACAACUGUGCCCAUGAAAAUGAUGCUGGAGUCAUCUGUCGAGAUAUUAGACUGGUAAAUGGAGCUAACCAGUGUUCUGGAAGAGUGGAGGUUUUGCAUGAUGGUCAGUGGGGAACGGUCUGUGAUGAAGGCUGGGAUUUAUCAGACACUGAAGUCGUGUGUGAGAAUUUGGGAUGUGGAACUCCUGUAGAAGCAAAGAUUGGAGCAUUCUUUGGACAGGGUUCUGGACCCGUGUGGCUGGAAGAUGUUAAUUGUUACGGGAACGAGUCAACCGUUAAAGACUGUCCAUCCAGUGAAUUCCAUACAAAAGUAAUGCUGGUGAAUGGGACCGGUCCAUGUGAUGGAAGACUUCAGGUGCAUUAUAAUGGUCAAUGGGGUGCUGUGUGUCACACUGGUUGGGGUCUGGAAGAUGCUACAAUUUUGUGUCGAGAGCUUGGCUGUGGUGAAAUCGUGAAAACCACCUCCUUUGUGGGUCCAUUUGAUGAGCCGAUUUGGAUGGAUAAUCUUGAAUGUAGAGGAACUGAGGUGAAAUUGCAGAGCUGUCCGUUGACCAGAGGGGGCGUGCGCAGUUGUGGGGACGGACUUUACGCAGGAGUUGUCUGCAACAAUGUGAGACUGGUGAAUGGAGACAACGUGUGUUCUGGGAGAGUGGAGGUUUUACAUAAUGAUGAGUGGGGAACGAUCUGUGAUGCUGGAUGGGAUUUAAAAGAUGCCAAAUUGAUGUGUAAAAACUUGGGUUGUGGGACUCCUGAAGCAGCAAAAACCGGAGCUUAUUUCGGUCCGGGUUCAGGAACCGUGUUGGAGGAUCUGAGUUGUUCUGGGCAUGAUGUAGGAAUCAUCUGCCGAGAUAUGAAGCUGGUGGAUGGGACGAGUCCGUGUAACGGCAGACUUCAGGUUCUCCAUAAGGGGCAAUGGGGGUCUGUUUGUAACACUGGAUGGGGUCAGGAAGAAGCGACAGUUUUGUGUCGCGAGCUGGACUGUGGUGAAGCUGAACAGACUAUGUCAUAUGUGGGUCCAUUUGCUGGGUCAAUAUGGAUGGAUAAUCUUGAGUGUACUGAAAAUGAGUUGUCGCUGUGGAACUGUCCGUUUACCGGAUCUGGCGUAAGCAGUUGUCCAGACGGACUUUACGCAGGAGUUGUGUGCAACCACAUCAUGUUAUUGUCCUUGUGCCUGGUUAUCUUGCUUGAUUUUGGAAAAGGACCUCCAGUCGAAGCUUCUGUGAGGUUGGUGAACGGUCCCAACUCCUGUGCUGGACGAGUGGAGGUUUAUUAUAAUGGAAUUUGGGGAACUGUGUGUGAUGGUGGCUGGGGUCUAUCAGAUGCUGCAGUGGUGUGUAGACAACUGGGCUGUGGACCUGCCAUAGAAGUGAAUGUGCUUGCUUAUUUUGGACAAGGUUCAGGGCAAAUAUGGAUGGAUGAUGUUGCUUGUGGUGGCAGUGAGUCCACACUGCUAAACUGUGGACACCCGGGUUGGGGAACACACAACUGUGGACACGGUGAAGACGCUGGAGUCACUUGUCUAGGUAAACAGGAGCUAAAUACUGAAUCAUCGAUCUCCAUAAGGAUGGUGAACGGUGACGAGCCUUUUUCAGGACGAGUGGAGAUGAAUUUACAGGGUCAGUGGGGAACGGUGUGUGAUAAUGGCUGGGAUCUGUUGGAUGCUGCGGUGGUGUGUAGAGAACUGGACUUUCCAAUGGCCGUAGAAGCGAAGCUUGGUGCCUAUUUUGGGCAAGGUUCUGGAAAAGUAUGGAUGGAUGCGGCACAAUGUUCUGGUGCCGAGGCUUCAUUGGUGAGCUGUUCAUCCACGAGAUGGGACAUAACGAGCUGUAGCCACGAGAAAGAUGCUGGAGUCGUCUGUGCACGUGAGCUAAAAGUCCUCAUUGCAUCUGCGGUCAGGCUGGUGAACGGUCCCGACUCAUGUUCUGGACGAGUGGAGGUUUAUCACAACGGUGUAUGGGGAACCGUGUGUUCAAAUGACUGGAGUUACAGUGACGCUUUUGUGGUGUGUAAAGAACUGGGAUGUCCAACCGGUGCUGAAGCUGUCAAAUACUCUUACUUUGGAUCUGGUUCGGGGAAUGUAUGGAUGGCUAAUGUUCUGUGUUCAAGAAGUGAAUCCACACUUAAGAACUGUGCGUUUUCUGGAUGGGGAUUAAACAACUGUGAUCACACGGCUGAUGCUGGAGUCAUCUGUCGAGAUGUAAGACUGGCAGAUGGACCUAAUUCGUGUGCUGGAAGAGUAGAGAUCAUGCAUAAUGGAGAGUGGGGAACCGUGUGUGAUGAUGCCUGGGAUGUAUCAGACGCUACAGUGGUGUGUGAAGAGAUGGGUUGUGGGACUCCUGCAGCAGUAAGGACCGGGGCUUAUUAUGGUGAGGGGGAGGAGUUUGUGUGGAUGGAAGAUGUGAGCUGUGCUGGAAAUGAGUCAACAGUGAAACAGUGUCCAUCACAGGAGUUUGGAACAGCCAACUGCAGCCAUACACAAGAUGCUGGAGUCUCCUGUAGAAAUGAAAAGCUGGUGGGAGGUUCUGGUCCAUGUGAUGGCAGAGUUCAGGUGCUUUACGAUGGUGUGUGGGGUGCUGUGUGUCACACAAGCUGGGGUCUGGAAGAGGCUACGGUUUUGUGUCGAGAGCUGGGCUGUGGGAAACUUAUACAGGCAACCUCAUAUUCAGGUCCAGUGUAUGAUUACAAAUGGAUGGAUAAUCUUCAAUGUACAGGAACUGAGGAGUCAGUGCGGCAAUGCCCGUUUUCCGGAUGGGGCGUGAGCAGUUGUGGGAACGGACUUUACGCAGGAGCCGUUUGCAACAGUAAGAUCAUUUCUGAAACGUCUUCGCUAAGUCACACCUGA